AUGGACAACUUGCAAGUUGCGGAUGACGCUAAUGGAGGACUCUCCAGUAUCACAGAAGUCCACAUCGACCCCGAUGGAGACCUCACUUUGCGGGCGGGGCAGCAGACAGACAAGCCCGAAAGGCUAUUCCACGUCUGCGCCAGCGCCUUGCGACGUUCAUCGCAGGUCUGGAAGAAGAUGCUCUUCGGUCCAUUCAAAGAAUCUAAGCCUGCGUUUGGGCCAUGGGUGGUGAACCUCCCCGAAGACGACCCCGAGGCUCUGGAGAUAAUCCUCAACAUCAUCCACGCGAACUUCCCCUUGGUCCCGAAUACACCUGACCUGUUUGAGCUUUAUGAGAUUUUUCAGAUGGCCAACAAGUACGACAUGAUUCCGGCUCUGAAGCCUUGGGCUGUUUCUUGGUUGCACGUGGCGGAGAAUUGCCAAAAGGGUACGGAUCGCUUUGAAGGCCGAGAGAGGGCGGCAUUGUCCUAUGUGGCAUGGGAGCUGGGGCAGGUUGAGCUGCACAGGCAGAUGGUCAAGGAAUUGAUUAUGUAUUCCUCGCUUAGCGAAGACGAACGCAUGAUCAGCCAGAAGGUGUUGUUGGAUGAAGUUGGUCCUAUCGGCCCACCCGGUCUACUUGGUAACAUCCAUGACUGCUUUACCCCUUGGAUUUGCUGCUGUGCUUGA